AUGCCGCUUUUAGAAUCGCCCGCGUACACGGAUGCCGAUAUCCCUGACUAUCCGCAAUCUACUCCGCAACCGUUGAAAAUCAUUCACGUCGGUGCUGGAGCAUCCGGUCUGAUCUUCGCACACAAGGCUGAGAGGGGUCUGAAGAACUUCGAGCUUAUAUGUUAUGAGAAGAACGACUCGAUAGGCGGUACUUGGUAUGAGAAUGUGUAUCCUGGAUGUGCCUGUGAUAUCCCUGCGCAUACCUAUACCUUGCCAUUCGAGCCGAACCCAGAGUGGUCUGGUUAUUAUUCGUAUUCGGACGAGAUCCAACAGUAUUUUCUGAAGUUUGCGAAGAAGUAUGGUGUGGAGAAGUACGUGAAACUCAACACUGCAGUCGAAUCGGCUACUUGGGACGAGUCCGAAAGUAUAUGGAAAGUCGCUUUGAAGCGUAAGGAUGGUACCACCUUCGUCGACAGCUGCAACGUACUCGUUAAUGGCUCAGGGGUUGUCAACAAAUGGAAAUGGCCCACCAUAGAGGGCUUACACGACUUUCAAGGUGUCCUAGCGCAUUCUGCUGCGUGGGACAGGUCGAUUGACUGGGCUGGCAAAACUGUCGCGGUCAUUGGUACCGGGUCGAGUUCUAUCCAAAUGGUGCCUAAGUUUGCUGAGACGGGUAAGCACGUCUCGGUAUUUAUGCGUAACCAGACUUAUAUCGGUCCACAAUUUGGCUCGAAUGUAUCAAACAAGGAGGCGGAUCCAGAUGCCAUGGAGCCUCAUGCGGCUGGUAAGCAUCAAUAUACGGAGAAGGAGAAGCAGAGAUUCAGAGAUGAUCCUGAUUACCACUUGAGAUAUCGCAAAGCUGUCGAGCGAUCAGUCGUGAGUGGCUUCAAAAUGUUUUACCGUGGCUCGGAGACAAACAUCGCAGCCAAGAAGUUAAUGCAAGACUCCAUGUCUCAGCGACUGGGCGACCGCGACGAUUUGAAGAAACGUUUUAUUCCGGAGUGGAGUCCUGGGUGUCGUCGCCUCACCCCUGGUGAAGGGUACCUCGAAGCCCUCUGCGAGCCGAACGUUACAUGCGUCUUUAGCGACAUCGUCAAGAUCACGCCUACUGGUUUAGUGACGGCGGACAAUGUUGAGCGUAACGUUGAUAUCCUCGUCUGCGCUACCGGAUUCCAUAUCGGAUAUCAACCACAUUUCCGUGUCACCGGAACUGGAGGACAAGUCAUGCAAGACCAGAAGCAGCCAAAUGUCUAUGCGUCAAUCUGUGUACCAGGAUUUCCAAACUAUUUUGUGGUCAAUGGGCCUCGCGGCAACUGGGGUCAAGGCUGCGUGAUGCCAUCGCAUGAAGUCCAUACGGAGUAUAUCGUCCAAUGUUGCCAGAAGAUGCAGCAAGACGACGUCAAAUCAAUGGUGCCACGCGAAGACGUUACCACUCAAUUAAAUCUCUACAUGGAUGCCUGGCAUCGAAAACACUCCGUCUGGGCCGAGGAUUGUCGAAGUUGGUACAAAGACAAUGAGCCAAAUGGCAGGGUAUGGAUCUGGCCUGGUAGCCUGUUUCAUCACUUAAAGUUCAUGAAGAGGCCACGGUUUGAACAUUAUGAGCUCACAUACAAAGAUCCGAGCAAUAUCUUUGCAUUUUUGGGUAACGGCCUCACAAUCACCGAGGAGAAGUUUGCCGGCACUGAAGAUAUGCCCAUCCCAUAUAUUAGAAAGGAUGAGGACGAGAUUUGGGAUAUCGAAUAA